CCCUCCUGCGCCCCAACAAACGCACUUGCACGCACUAGCUGUUCUCUAGCGUCUCAAGGCCGGCCCGUCUAUGGUCAUCAUAGCCUGUCUCCGCGACCUCUGCUCCUGCUGCUGCCUCUGCGCCAAGCCCAAGAAAGAGAUCAUGGCCGCCGACGCCGACCAAACCAUCACGCACCGCACCGUCGAGCUGAACAGCAGCGUGCGCCUGCACGUGGCGGAGGCCGGCCCGGCCACGGGUGCCCCCACGGUGUUGCUGCUGCACGGCUUUCCGGAGGUGUGGUACACCUGGCGGCACCAGAUGCGCGCGCUGGCCGCGGCAGGGUACCGCGCCGUGGCGCCCGACCUGCGCGGGUACGGCGACUCCGACGUCCCCACAGGCGGGCCGGACCAGUACACCGCGCUGCACGUGGUGGGCGACCUGGUGGCCCUCAUCGACUCCCUCGGCGAGAAGCAGGUGUUCGUGGCCGCGCACGACUGGGGCGCGCUCACGGCGUGGAGCCUGUGCCUCUUCCGGCCGGACAGGGUGCGGGCGCUGGUGGCCCUGAGCGUCGCGUACACGCCGCGGAGCGCCGCGCGGAAGCCCGUGGACGGGCUGAGGGCGCUCUUCGGCGACGAAUACUACAUCUGCCGGAUUCAGGAACCAGGAGCAAUCGAAGCAGAAUUUGCGCGCCUCGGCACGGAGCAGGUGCUGAGGAAGUUCCUAAGCUAUCGCAGCCCCGGGCCGCUGUUCAUGCCGAAGAGCGGGUGGGGCUCGCCGGACGAUGAGGUGCCCUUGCCGAGCUGGGUAACGGAGGAGGACAUCAAGUACUACGCGAGCAAGUUUGACAAGACCGGCUUCACCGGGGGGCUCAACUACUACCGUGCCCUGAAUAAGACAUGGGAACUCACAUCACCCUGGACCGGAGCUGAGAUAAAGGUGCCAGUCAAGUUCAUCAUCGGAGAUUUAGAUUUGACAUAUCAUUAUCCAGGCAUACAAGAUUUCAUUCACAAGGGUGGCUUCAAGAAGUUUGUUCCACUUCUAGAUGAUGUCGUCGUUAUGAAAGACGUUGGGCACUUCAUCAACGAGGAAAAACCAAAUGAAGUAAGCGAGCACAUCAUCAACUUCAUAAAGAAAUUCAACUGACGCUAGUUGCUUAAUUAAGCCAUGGCGUAUUAAGAACACGAAAUGGUACAUACGUAUUUGGAAUUAUUACUCAAUAUGUUGUGUUGCGCAUCCGAAUGUAAUGUUAAAAAUUUGUCCAAUUAGUGUCGUGUUUCUCUUAAUACUCAGAUUUGUACAAAUCAUGAAUUUUAUUUAAAAACCUUUGGGGUGAUGUCGAUUGAUUAUAUAUGA